CUCGUAGCCUGGUCUGCAUUAUUGAACACCUGUGAGUUCUGACGAUUCAUCAAAAUAGCAUUGCUCGCUCCCUUAACGACCCAGACUCUGGCUGCCUCAGUCACGAGUCUUGAUUUCCUUGCAAAUGGUCCCAGUGCAUGCUUGACACCUCUAAGACAAAUCCCAUUUAUUUCGCACAGACGUCCAUUGGAGAACCAAAGACCCAGAUCGACAGUUGUCACUCGAAACCCAUCAUCAUGGCUGCUCUUCCCUACCGUCCCCAAACCCGUCGACACCACGACGUCCCUUCUCGGUCCAGUAUCAAUGACGAAUCUGCAGACGACUUCAGGCCCGUUCAGCAACAUCUCCCUCCAUGGCAACCAUCUCAACUUGGAGACUCGUCCACUGCCCUCCAUCCCGACGUCCUGCACAAGACCCAGACUCUAGGCUAUCCUAAUCACUCGGCCGGGCAUCCUGACACUCUUCUAUCUGCACCCCUCCCACGACCUCUCAACAGAGCUUCAAGUUUCGAGUCUUUAUCAACGUUACACCGCCAACAAGAGGCUGCGGCUUUGAGUCUCUACAGAGACUCGCCUAUAUCAGCGAUUGGGAGGCCCUUGGUCUCCGGCCCCGAUUUGACUUACGAACUACCCCAUCGGAGGCAGUCAUGGCAUACAGCCACCUUUGAACAGCAGGCGAGACAACAAAAGUUGAUCAAGAAGUCUCUGAAGAAGGAACAGAAGGACAGAGUUCGUGCUUUGAAAGAUGCUGAGAAGCAGCGCCGCGCUUUCCUCGUCGCCGAGGUCGCGGCUGCUCGCAGGACCCAUGGGGUUUCCCGCGCCAACUCAGAUCCAACAAAACCGAGGACUGCAAAAAUGUUUGCGGCGGACAUGGUCCAGAAAUUGAAUCUAAACCGCUCUCUCAGCCUGAAACGUCCCUUUCAGAAAGGUAACAGAAAUUCAGGCAAACAUGGAUCAAAGUCGAACUCAGUCCCCACCACACUCGAGCACUGCACCAACAAGGAGGAGGUGCGACAGUACUUCAACUCCUUACAGCCUCGGGCAGAGACAGCAGGACUCCCCGCCGAACUCCCCGCCGAACUGCCGCAAUAUACCAAAUUCCAGGACGAUACGUCAACACAGGACAACAAACCGUUGACUUUGGUCGAUGAUAUACCUAAGCCUACUUCAAGGACAACCCCUGCACACAAUCAAGAACAUCCUAAUCUCCAGACAACUCGAAGAACCACCACAAGAUGCAUGCGCUGUGACAAAUGUGACAAUCCUAUCCGCCAGAAUCAGGUUUACUACCAUUGUUCAAUUUGCAAUGAUGGCGACCGUAUGUUGUGCCAUUCUUGCGAUCGAGCUGGAGAAAGCUGUAGGCAUCCCCUUGCAGAGAUUGUCAGGAGCGUUUCGAAGGCGCAACCAAACUCUACGAGCGCCAGAGGACAAUCGGCCGUGCGACAGUCAUCGGCUUCCAGACGAAGCGGUCCGGACGCUGUUAUCGAAGCUUCCAGUUCGGCUGGAGUAUAUUCUACACAUCUUGAUAUGGUAGAAGACGAACACCAGAAGCCAGCACUCAAUCGAACCAAAGACCUUCGUGAAGAUAACGAAGAGCAUGAGCUUGAACUCCGUCGUCGUGAGCAAGACGUCGUGUAUCGAGAAAGAGACGUUGUGCUUCGCGAGCGGUCUGCAGCUCUCCGAGAACAACAGGCUUCGCUGCGCGAACAGGAGUCAGCAUUGUCAGCCAGACAACAGGCUUUCAAUCUGCAACUACAGGCCGCUCUAGCCCAAACGAUACCCGAGGCUGCGACCGGAGUUGGUGCUCAAUUCCCAGACUGGGAGUCAAGCUCAGCUGUUAGGAUGCACGCAAACAAACGGAAAUCCCGUGGGGCAAGCAACACCAUCACUCGUGAUUCUUCGUCCAGUUCAAAUCAAAAAUCCUCGCUUAGAGGAGUGCCGCCUCCGAACGACGAGGACGAAAAUGGACAAGAAGAAAAUGGAUCCGGUUCUCCCAAGAAGAUCAAACAGGACCCAGAUGCCUCUCUUUCACCGGAAAAAUUGUUUGCGUGCCCCUAUUGCAAAUAUGACAAGUCAAGGUAUUCUGAGGCAAACUUUCAAGAGAAACACUAUCGGGGCUGUGCAAGUGGCUUCUGGAAGGAUCCGUCGAGACUGAAGCAACAUCUCUAUCGUGUUCACUGUCGUCGAUUACAGUGUCCUCGUUGUUGGAGUAAGUUUGACAACAAGGAUGACCUGGAUCGACAUAUGUUGGAACCCACUGCCUGUCCCCUCGCGGAAUGCCCCUGUCCCGAAAAGUUUGGUGACGCAGAGUUCAUUGAAAUCCACCGCAAAAGACCUGCAAUGAGCUCUGAGGAUGUGUGGUUCACCAUUUAUGGCAUCUUAUUUCCAGGCCAGCCAUUACCGAGCAGUCCCUACGCCGAAAAGGACGAUGUUGCAACUCCUGCUGCCCCGACCCCUACAUCACCAGACUGGCGAGACACACUUGAAAACUUCCGCCAUCAACUUGAGGCCCGUCUUGAUCAACAAGCCACGCCAAUCGGCGAGGAUGUCCGCCAGGUCAUUCGAGACACCAUGCAAGAUAUGCUAAGGCAGCUGACACCCACGACUGGACCUUCUCCAGCCUUUUCAUACAGUGCGGCCCCUGUCUCUACCUCCGGUCGACGUAGCUCCAUAUCGCUGACUCCUUACUCCUCCACGCCGCCCUCUCCUGGGGAUGGGUUUGGAUUAGGGGCCGGCGACAUGAUGAAUAUCGAGCAAUUAGGCUCUCCGCAUACGGCUGCCUUCUCAGCACUACCUAUUUCGACUCUACAUGAAAAGGAGACCACGACCAUUGCCAACAACCCAUCCCUUUGGCCUCAUGAUCACCAAAACUUUAACGCGGUACUCCCAUCGAGCUCCACAAAACAUGAUGGGCCUACUGCAUCAAGCCACCGGGCGAGAGCACCCACAGGCCGACAGCCUCACUUCCUGAUUACAGACUUUGGACGUGCAGCUGCCAAGCCUGGCAUGGCCGGCCCAGAGGAUGAUCAGUGUAGUGAUGAAUGUCACAGCUGGAGUCAUGGUGAUGAGCUGGGCCUUGCAGUCCCGACAGGAGAGAACACAGACCGGAUAUGCCAAGCUUCACCAGCCAAUGAUGCCUGGAGCCAAAUGCCGUUCUGGUCCGUUUCCGCUUCGACCAAUUCUCUGGUGAAGUUUACGCAAGGAACAGACAUGGGCAGCGGCAAUUCUAUGUUACAGCCUCUUGAUGGUGUGGGUCAAGGGAAGGGCGCCCAAAGGGUGAAUCUUAAAUCAUCUCCGAAAAGGACAAGAAAACCCCAGUCACAACCAUUCGAUGGGGUCAAAGAUGCGCAGUCGAAUGCAACAGCCGCAGAAAUCACAUCUACAACGACUCCUGCAGAUAGCAUCACUUGCCCACCGAGACCGAAAGUGAGACUUAAUCACUCUACCACCGCGUCUCUCGACUCAGGGUAUGGGAGCAUGAGUCGUCGCGCUCAAAACACGUCAUCAAAGACUCGAAGUUUUGGACCAUCGAGAACAGAGGAAGCGGAUUUCGUCAUUCAAGACCCAGGAAUGAUUAAAUCUGACGAUAUCCCAAGUUUGCCCAGUCCCGUCUCUGACUCGGACAUGAACCUCGACGCACUGGAUAUUCCCUAUCAGCAGCAUCUCGGUGAGGGUCUAGACAUGGAACCGGACGAUUGUGGCAAUAUUGGUGGACAGUGGCUUUCUGAGUAUCCCAGUGCUCGACUGCCUGCUUUGACAAAUGAUCAUUGGAUGGAUCCUGUGUCCCCUAGCUAAUGGGGAUAUCCGUUCUCAAAUCUGGAGGGCACCAACUGGAUCAAGUAGUGAAGACCGGGUGCUCAUUGUGAGGACUGUUGAGUCUACCGCGUGCGGGGUUCCCUUGCAUCUGGGAGGGAGUCAUAGGUAACACCAGGUGUCCAUGCAGCAGGUGAAAUCCCGCAGAGGUUAUAAUCCUGGUAAUGAGGAACAGUCAUGGGCAGAAAUGUCUGGAACAAUACUAUCAAUCACGUGAUGGUUUCUUAAUGAGUUGUUAGUACCUCCAGCAUCUUAUGUAGACAGACUAAGUUAUUGUACUUCUUGUGGAAAUGGAAAAAGGACAUGACUUCAGCAC